AUGUGCGAGCCUUCUCGCGAGCUUUGCCAAGCUGUGCGCCAUGUUUCUGCCAUCGCCCGUCCUCGCUUCUCCAAGGUCGUUCUCGGACUAGUGACGCUCUCCGCAUGCUCGCCACCCGCCGAUCCGAUCUCGCCAGCGCGCGAAGUCCUCGCGUACCUUUUGUGCUCGUACGCUACCACGCUCAACGGGUCCCUCGUGUACAACCUUCUGGUUGACCUGGCCCCAAAGCAUGGAGGGGGCGAACAUCUGUUCUGGGACGAGGUCUACGCUGCGCUCGGCUAG